AUGCCACGAAUAAAAAAGAAACCUCUAGGAACAAGACAUUAUGUAAAUUACUCGGACGAAGUAUUAAACGAAUGUUUGCAAGAAAUUAAUUCUGGUCGGAUGACACAACGAGCUGCAGCUGCCGCAUAUAAAAUUCCUAGAUCUACAAUAAAGAACAAAUUAAAAGGUAAACAUACUGAACUUGUGGGUCGUUCUCGUGUUUUCACGGAUGCUGAGGAAACGUCUUUUGAACAUCACUUAAUUAAAUUGGCUGAAUAUGGGUUUCCAGUCAUAGAGUCUGACUUCCGUUUGAUCGUUCAAAGUUUUUUGAAUAAAAAAGGAAGGGUUCGAGCAGAAGUAGGUUUUGAUGAUAUAAAUAGCUAUAUGAACAAUUUGGGUGAGACUAUAAAAGACAUUCCACCAUCAAGAAUAUGGAAUUAUGAUGAAACCAAUCUCAGUGACAAUCCUGGCAAUAAAAAGGUAAUUUCUAAAAGAGGAGCUAAGUAUGUUGAGAAAAUUUGCAAUUUUAGUAAAAGUUCCACUUCUGUAAUGUUUUGUGGUAAUGCAGAAGGCAAAUUGCUGGCACCGUAUGUUGUUUAUAAAGCAGAAAAUAUGUGGACAACAUGGACUGAAAAUGGUCCAGAAAAUACCCGAUAUAAUCGUUCUAAAAGCGGAUGGUUUGAUAGUAUUACUUUUGAAGACUGGUUUACAACCCAUUUUUUGAAAGAAAUUAAAUGCAGCAAAGAUAAUCCAACCGUUUUAAUCGGAGACAAUCUUGCGUCACACAUAAACAUUAAAGUUUUACAACUCUGUGACCAAUAUAAUAUAAAAUUUGUUUGCCUACCACCUAACACAACCCACCUUACUCAACCUCUUGAUGUGGCAUUUUUUGCUCCAAUGAAAAAAAUAUGGAGAAAUAUUCUAACUAAAUGGAAAGAAUCUAAAACUGGAUCCAAAUACUCAACGAUUCCCAAAGAUUUGUUUCCAACAUUAUUAAGUGAAUUAAUUAAUAACAUUAAGACAAAUGCAGGGCAAAAUUUAAUAUCUGGUUUCAAGAAAUGUGGAAUUUUCCCUUUUAAUAAACAAACGCUAUUAGAUCGACUGCCACAAAAUGUAUCUGGUGUUAAUAAUGAAUUUGUAGGUUCAGCGUUUAUAGAACAGCUUGAUGCAAAGCGUCAAGACUACCUUGGAACAAGUGGUACUAAAAAGAAUAGGAAAAAAUUAGAUGUCCCUUCUGGAAAAAGUAUCAAUGUUAGUGAUGUCUUAAUACCAAAGGAAACAUCCGUGCAAACUGAACCACCAAAAAAAAAAAAGAAAAAGAAAAAACAGGAGGAACCAAUCAAAUCAAACCAAUUAAAAUUAAACCCAGAAGAUGUAGCUGUUGAUAAUUUUGUAUUAGUAUUAUUUAAUAAAGAAAAAUACCCUGGAAAAGUACAUAGUAUUUCUAAAGAAGGAGUUAUGGUGGACUGCAUGGAAAAAAAGAUUAAUUUGUUGGAGAUGGCCACAAAGACAAGAUAUUUCACUGUAUGA